CAAAUGCCCUAGACAAGCCUGCAGCGGGUAAACCCCAGGCCUGGAGCUGCUGUCUGGUUCGAUGUUAACUACGCGACUUCACAUCUGAGGAUUUUCAACAUUCUUAUCACUUUGACAAUCCCUUCUUCUUACUACACGAUAUCCUACAGGCACCAUGUCCGUCACAACGACUGCAAAUCCGGCGACGUAUCAAAUCCGCACUGUGCUGGCCGACUAUGAUCUCCACCACUCUGGAUCAACGGACACAUUGCUCAACGAUCAUCCGGCUCCUUCGAACAUAAAUAACAGCGGAAAUCCACCACACUGGACGACCGACCACCGUCGGGUUCCUGCGUAUCGACCCGUCAACACCGAGUUAGAUCAGAGUCAGCGAAGAGUGUACUCGAGCGGAAUUGAGAGGGCAUUUAUCACAGUCAUGUUCUCUGGUGUAUUCUUAGAGGCGAGCGCGGCGAAACUUUGGAGGUAUACUUUAGGAAGGGCUUGGGAUGUUCGCUACAAUAUUGGAGGCGAAUGGUAG